ACCGCUUCCGUGUUAAUAUCAGCGGAUAAAUAACAACUGAGAGAUUACACAAACUGGGGAGGAUACCAUUAUGGUUUUAUAAACUAUUACGUUAAAUAGAAUCACUCGUCAAAAUGUCGUCAGCACAAGGUACAAAGAAAAGGGACAAGCGCAUUUUAUCAGGUAUUUGUCCAGAUUUCAAAUGUCAGGCGAGACUGUUCUUCCCUGCUUACAGCUCAGUUAGCAUUGAAUGCACGGAGUGUGGACAGCGCCACGAACAGAAGAAUCUGUUAAAUGUGGAGGAAGUAACCGACCCAGAUGUUGUUCUUCAUAAUUUACUGAGAAACGCCUUGCUCGAUGUUACGGGAGCGCCGAAGAAAAGCACAGAGCUGGUCAAAGUCAUGGGUCUGUCCAACUACCACUGCAAACUGCUGUCCCCCAUCCUUACCCGUUACGGAAUGGACAAACAGACGGGAAAAGCCAAACUGCUGCGGGAGAUAAAUCAAGGUGAGCUCUUUGACUGCUCGCUGCUCGGUGCCAGAGCCUUUCUUAUUGAACAGGAGCACGUAUCUACAGUCGGCUAUGGUAAGGACAGAUCUGGCAGCCUCAUAUACCUCCACGACACAUUGGAGGAGAUCAAGAAAGCCAACAACAACAAAGAAUGUCUCAUUCCUAUACAUGUGGACGGAGAUGGUCAUUGCCUGGUCCAUGCUGUGUCCAGGGCUUUAGUGGGUCGUGAGCUUUUUUGGCAUGCGCUAAGAGAGAACCUCAAACUCAGUUUCAAACAAAAUCUCGAUCGCUAUAAGGCUCUCUUUCAAGAUUUUAUUGACACUGCAGAAUGGGAGGACAUCAUCAAUGAGUGUGACCCUUUGUUCGUGCCUCCAGAAGGUGUCCCACUUGGACUGAGGAACAUUCAUAUUUUCGGCCUAGCCAAUGUCCUGCACCGUCCCAUAAUCCUGCUGGACUCUCUGAGUGGCAUGAGGAGCUCAGGUGACUACUCGGCCACAUUUCUGCCAGGCCUGGUGCCUGAGGAGCAAUGCAGAGGAAAGGAUGGCUUCCUUAAUAAGCCUAUCUGCAUCGCCUGGAGCAGCUCAGGCAGGAAUCAUUAUCUUCCUUUAGUGGGUAUUAAGGGAAUGUCACUUCCCAAGCUGCCUGCCGCUCUGAUCCCCAAAGCUUGGGGAGUUCCACAGGAGCUUAUCAAUAGAUAUGUCAGUCUGGAACCCUGUGGAGGCUGUGUUAUUGGAGGAGAUCGAAGCCUGCAGGAGAAAUACCUACUUCGUUUAGUCGGUGCCAUGGAGGAUGUUUUUAUAGAAAAACAUGCCAUCCACCCUGCACUGGUAGCUGAUGUUCAUCAGUAUGUUUACCGCCGAACAGGGGUGAUUGGCAUCCAACCUGAAGAGGUGACAGAGGCAGCAAAAAAAUUGGUUCAGGAGAAUCGUCUGCAUCGCUGUCUGAUGUGCAAUGCACUGUCUGAACUUCAUGUUCCCCCAGAUUGGUUAGUACCUGGUGGAAAACUCUACAACCUUGCUAAGUCUACUCAUGGCACUCUCCGAGGAGACAAAAACUACACAUUUCCAUUAAAUAACUUGGUAUGUUCUUACUGCCCUGAGAGGGAUGCACUGGUUCCUGACUACAAACUCAGUUCCUUGUCCACCUGCACCUGGUGCCACAGAAACUCUGCACGACAUGUCCGUGGUGAUGGGUCUAUAGUGUACCUAGAUGGAGACCGUACAAACACACGAUCACAGGGUGGUAAGUGUGGUUGUGGUUUUAAACAUUACUGGGAAGGAAAGGAGUAUGACAACUUGCCUGAGGCCUUCCCUAUUACCCUUGAGUGGAAUGGCCGUGUAGUCCAUGAAACCGUCUAUUGGUUCCAGUAUGAAGUUGAUCCAGCACUGAACAGUAAUGUCUACAAUGUAGCAAUGCGCCUUGUCACGAAACACUUCCCAGGAGAGUUUGGCAGUGAGAUUUUAGUGCAGAAGGUGGUAAACACUGUUCUGCACCAUACAGCAAAGAAGAACCCAGAGGAGUACCACCCAGUGGCUGUAGAGGGUGCACACAUGCAGGGUCAAGAGCAAGGAGGUGGACAGGUGGUGGAGUGGGAUGCAAACCCUCCCCAAAAAAUUAUAUUGACUGGUCAAAAGGGCCGUACCUUACAUAAAGAAGAGCUGGUGAUGAGUCAAGCAGAGAGGAAUCUGCAACAUAAGAUUAGUGAGCAGGCAGCUGUGUCCCAACGCAGACGCUCACAGCGCCAGCGGCUGCAAGACCAGAGUGCAGAGCCUCGCUCUGCCUCCCCUGCCCCCUUCUCCUCAGCUCCACCCACACCCACUAAAGGCCUGGCCCCUAGUGGGCAGAAGAAGAUCCGAGUGACAACCAGUGAUGGGCGGCAGGCGACACUGCAGCUGCAAGCCCAUAAUACCUAUGCAGAGCUGCAGGAAGCCAUCACCCAAGCCUUCAACUUACAGCCCCACCAACAGUGCAUCCGGCAUGGCUUUCCUCCUCGGGAAUUGCCCCCACCACCCCCUGAGCAUCAGGACUUGCCUGUGGCCCUGCAGCAUGGAGACCGCAUCACUGUGGAAGUGCUUAAAGAGAGUGUCCCAGACCCUGAAACAAAUAUCCAUACUCCAAUGGAACCUUGGCUUGGCAGAACCAGCAGCCGAGAGAUACAGGACAGUGUUGACCUGGAGAUGUCAUCACUGUGUCUCCUUGCAACACUUAUGGGUGAGGAUGUGUGGUCAUAUGCUAAGAAGCUACCUCAUCUGUUUCAACAAGGAGGAGUUUUCUAUAACAUUGUAAAGAAAGAUAUGGGUCUGUUGGAUGGGAAGCACUGCACUCUGCCACACCUGACUGGUAAGACAUUCGUGUUCAACGCAGCAGAGGAUCGUUUGGAGCUGUGUGUGGAUGCUGCCGGACACUUUCCAGUGGGCCCUAAUGUGGAAGAAGUUAUCCAAGAGGCACUGUCCCAACUGUGUUCUGAGCCUCCCUCACGCAAUCGUGAGGGAAGCCCUUCUCAUGGCCUAAAACUGGGCAGUGGAGGGGUGGUGCGCAAGAAAGAGCAGACUGUUACUGCUUUCCAGGGCAAGGGUCACUCACUGGGCUCCACCUCACAUGAGCACCCGCCAAUCAGGCGAGAGCACAGCAAUGGAGUGGACCUGAGUGGCAGCGUAGAGGGAGACGGUCUAGCACGGUCAAGAGAAGAGCUGGUACGUGUCGCUCCAGGCAUGCUCACUCUGCGUGAAGGGUGUCGAGAAGUAGAAUUGGAGCCCACAGCAAUUGAGGCUCAGCGGCGCCGUCUACAGGAAAUGGUGUCAAAUAUACAGGCCUCUAUGGACAAACACUUACGGCAGCAGACGCCACCUAACACCAUUACUAAUCAGGAUGAGAAGGAGGAAAAUCUAGAGGAGCAAGAUAAGAUAAAGAGCCAGGGUGCUGAGCCCAUGGACCAGUCCUUAUGAUGUGCUCGUUCACGCACACACACUCGCACACAUUUACUCACACAGUGAUCCUGUUAACCUACAACAAAUGUGCAGUUCUCAAAUGCAUUCCUGAGUGAUUGUCAUGAAGAGGUUGAAGUUGAGUAAAGGUGCCGGUAAAAAAAAAAGCUUUUUCCAUAUACUGCAGUACACACACACAUACACGCAGCACUUAUACUUAAUAUAGACAAGUGAGUCAGGAGCACACAGUAAGGCUUAAAGGUUGUAUGUACUGACCGUGUGUAGAACCAAGUGCAUCUGAUGAUCAAUACACAAAGCCUUCUGUAGCAGUUUAUACUCCGACAUCAGCUACAAAAAAAUGCAUAUAUCCAGCCUCAGUUAUAGAUAGUGGGUUGUUCGUUAGUUUGUUGUGAAAGCAAGGGGUUUCCUAAUUGUCUUAAGUAGUUCAGAAAAAUCAUUUAGAGAUAAUGCAGUGCUGAUGUGAUUUCUCAGCUGGCUAUGUGAGUGCUUUGCACAGUGAUGUUAUUAUUAGGGUAUGAUGUAUACCUCUAUGGACUGUGUUAUUUUCAACUUCAGAUGAAUCAACUUCAUGACGUGUUGAUUCAAUGAAAGGUGUCAAUAGGAACUCUCCACUGGAUACCACUGCUUACCUGUUUUUGUGACCAGGUUAGAACUGCCAGCUGUUGAAUUUUAAAAGUCACAGAUAAAUGUUGACAAAUGUAAAUUGAAGGAAUUUAUGUUUAAUUUUGGUACACAAUGCAACAAUGCUUAUCCUGCUGCUGCAAUAUUACAGUACAUUUGUCAUUGAAAUGUAACACUAAGACUGAAGAAGUGCUUUAGGGUUGACUUGACUGGUAAUGCUUGUACAGCAUAAUACAUCUUUAUCAAAGCUUUUACAUUUCCGAUAUGGAGUACUGAUUAUUGGCCACGUAGACUUGAUUAGAAGCAGGUGUUUUGCUGCAGUGACAACUUCUUGUAUUUAUGCAGAGUGUAUUUGCCGAAUGCCCUGUUUUUUGUGUGACUACUGUCCUUCACAGGGGUGUUGCUGCAAUGUUUUCUGAUUAGUUAAACCUUAAAAAUGUUGGUGUAUUUCAUUUCUUCAGGUUAAGUAAAGCUGUGUGCUUUAUUGAUAUAUCUAUUGGGUCUGGCAGGGGGAUCGGACAACAAGCUUGCUGAGAUAACCUGACCAAAGCUCUACUCCUUUAUAUUAUAGACGGGUCUAGUGGAGAGGUAGGUUGUAUUUACAAUUGCUAGUGGUGGCCUUGUAUAUGUGCUGCCAUUGUCCAUGCACAUCCACACAGCCUUAAUGGUCACUAAGGUUUACCUACAACCCACAGUAUACUCUUAACCACACUAUUCUUCUUCCACCACAAUCAGAGUUUUUAAUUGUCUUGUAUAAUUUUAUUAAAAAAUGUUUUUGAUGACAUCUCUCUAAAUUCAUCCCAAAAUUCUCUGUAUAAUUUGAUUUUCCAAGUUCGUGUCAUUCAUGUAAAUAAAACAUUACGCGGAGCGUGCCUCUGUGAGUGGAAGUGAGCAAUGGAACGAACUUACUGCAGAAUUGUGUGUAGCCUUGAAUGGACUCAGGUUUUGGCUUUUGCAGUUUGAUGAGCAAGUCACCUGAGUUUUCAAAGAAAAAGGGAAGAAUUUGAAAUGUCAAACUGAGUAGCUCAUUAUUAAAUAUCAUAACUUGAUGGGUUUAAAGUGUUGUAAAGAAAAGAAGAAUAUUUCAUUAUAUUUCUCUGUUGGAACAUGAAUGUUUAUAAGCACUAUUCCUAAAUAUUGGUAAUAAUAUGGCCAAAAUUUAAAUUGAUCUUUCUCAUGAGGUGAUGACCUGUAAUAUAUAGUAUAUAUUGUACUUUAUCCUGUACAUAAGUUUUUCUUUUGAUUUGUUCUUUCUGUUUGGCAACAGAGCCGUCUGAAGAUCCCACACAGUUUUAAAAAACUGCAGUUUGCAUGUGCAAUACAUUUUUGGCCUAACAACAAAAUAAAGUUAUUGCCUCGAUGCAA